ACCAAAGCAUCCAUCCAAUCUCCAAAAUCAUAGAAGAUUUUCUGCGCAGUAAAUAUUCCAGACUUAUAGAAAAAUAAUUUUGUAAUAGAAAUUUGAUGUUUUUCACUCAAAGUUAUAAUAUCGACUUUAUAAUAAUGGACGAGCACAAAAUGAACAAAAAUGGAUAGCUCUUGUCUCAGAGCCAUCUUAGUCUUGUUAUUUCGUAUCUAAGCUUAGGAGAAUGCCAAGAAAAGUAUCGUCUAGAAAUAAAAUGAUCACUUUAUGUCAAAAAUUCAAGAUCCGAAUCUUUUACAUCGGAGCUAUGAUCUUGUAUGUUUUUGACAUAUUUAGCACACAAAGGAGAGAGAAGCAGCUAGAGCCCCGCUUCUCCUUAGACCUAUCCUCUUAGACACAAAAUCAAGCAGAGAAGUUUGGGAAAUGGAACCCAUUCUUUAUUGGAAAAAUGAUGUAAAGCUCUAAUCUGUUCCUGAAAUUCUCAAGACUUACCUGCUAAUUUAUCAAGUGCACUAUGUGUGAAUGGGUUGAUGCUCUAAAGGAAAAGUUAGUCCAUUGGAUCUUUUAAAGGCUGAAUUUAUGCCAUGAAAACUAGCAUAUGGAAGCCCAGAGAGCUGUCAUAGACCCACUAAUGCUUGGUCUUAAAAGACUUGUACAUUAG